GGAAGGUACUCACCUGACAAAAGAUUUAGUUUUGCAGCAAAGCUUCAAUUCCUUAUAGAUAAAAAAGCAUGACAUUUACCACUAAUUUCCUACAAGAAAAGCAGCCAGAAAUGGAGCGCGAAGCCAAAAGGCGGCUGCGGGAUUUGGUGGUUCUGGUGCCUAGCCCCUUCCAAGGGCACGUCACCCCUAUGCUCCAACUGGGACACGUCCUUCACUCGAAGGGCUUCUCCAUCACAGUCGCCCACGCCAGAUGCAACGUCCCUGACCCUUCAAACCACCCUGAAUUCUCCUUCCAAGGUUUGGGACACAGUUUAAGCAUAAACUUAGAUGGGAUAAUAAAAGCAAGUGAUAUAGGCCUGAAAGGGAGACUAGAAACCAUCUAUGAUAUGAAUGAGAAUUGUAGGGUACCCCUCCAGGAAUACCUGGAAGAGAAGGGAGAUGUGGUUUCUUGUAUCAUCUAUGACAACCUCAUGUUCUUCGUUGACCAAGUCGCCGUUCUUCUCAAUCUGCCUUCUAUCGUGUUACGCCCUUCCAGCGCUGCUUACUUCCCAGUUUUACUCCAUGUUCUUAAACAUAAACACACUCUUUCUUCCAUUCCAGGUAUAUACUCUGUUCUUAUGCUCUGUUCUUAAUGCUCUGUUCUUAAUGUUCUGUUCCUAUGCUUUGUUCUUUCUCCCUUUGACUGCUAUUCCAUCAAAUUUGACAGUAUUUCCACUAAUUCCACCUUAAAUUUAAAAGUAAUACAAUACUAACAAAGUAGCAAAUCCACUCAUGUUGCGGAGUCGAGGUUUGAGGAUCCAAUCCCGGAGUUUCAUCCCAUACGAUACCAAGAUAUGCCGAUCGUCUUUCGACAAUCCGAUGAAGUAAGACGUUUCAUGUUGACUUCAAACAAUAUAAGGUCUUCUCUGGCCAUAAUAUGGAACACAAUGGAGGAUCUUGAACACACAUGGUUGUCAAGACUCCAACAACAUUACAAAGUGCCCAUCUUCCCAAUAGGUCCAUUGCAUAAGAUAGCCCCGACUAGCCGAACAACUAGCUUGAUCGAAGAAGACGAUAGCUGCCUCGCAUGGUUGGAUGAUCAAGUUCCUCAAUCUGUCAUCUUUCUAAGCGUAUGUGGGAGCUUAGCUGCCAUUAAUGAAACGGACUUUGAAGAGAUCGCCUCGGGAUUGGCUUAUAGCAGCCAGCCUUUCCUAUGGGCAAUCCAGCCCAGUUCAAUUGAGGGUUUGGAAGAGAAGGAACGACUCAUAGAAGACUUUGAGAAAAGAACUAGAAAAAGGGGACGAGUAGUGAAAUGGGCUCCACAAAAGAAAGUAUUGGCUCAUGGCUCAGUGGGUGGAUUCUGGAGCCAUUGCGGUUGGAACUCGACGCUAGAGAGUCUCGGUGAAGGCGUUCCGAUGAUUUGUAGACCACACUUCGCUGAUCAAUUGGUGAACUCUAGGCUCUUAAUCCAAGAGUGGAAGGUCGGGUUGGAGUUGGAAAAGGUGGAGAGAGGCGUUAUUGCAGAGACUAUUAGAAGACUUAUGGUGGGAGAUGAGAGGAAAGAGCUGAAGAAGAAUGCCAUGGAUAUGAAGCAGAAACUUGAUGACAGCUUCCAGAAAGAGGAAGGCACUUCAAACAAAGCAGUGAAUGAAUUAACAAACUUCAUUUCCUCAAUCAGUUUUAAAUUCCCUUUGUGAGGUGAGGGCGGCAGUCAUAGCUAGCAAUUUUGAGUAACAAUCUCUACCAAGUGCUCCUGGUUUUCAAGGAUCCCACUUUCCUAAUAGUCUAAAUUAAAUCAUGUAUUUAAAUUUCUAAUAAAUGCAGUUAGCUUUGCUUAAACAUAUAACUAAGUAAAGCAUGAUUUCAUGUAUGUUUGUAAAACCAGAAGUUCAAACCGCAAUUGUAGGUUGUAACUUAUUUGAACUAUAUACGGAGUAUGUCUUUUUCUAUGUCGAUUAAUGUUAUCAUCC